AUGUCACCAGCCUUACCUUUCAGCAAGGAGACCUUCACCUCCACACAUGAUCUCGACCCCGCAUCUCGUCUCUUACCAGCCUCCUCCCAAACAUCACAACAUCUUCUCAUUCGUCCCGCAGAUGACAUUCCAAACUUUUUGAAAAAGGAUCUAUGUAUAGACAGGCUCAAUCAUAUUCACCAAUACCUAUGGCUGGCAGGCCGACCGAUGCCUCCUAAGCCCCUGAAUUAUCAACUCGCUACAUCCCGUCAGAUCGUCGCCGACCAGAGAAUUGACAUGCACUUAGUCUGGGAAAGUUCUCAACGGUUGCAUGUUAAGCCUCUUCCACGAUAUCUUUUGGAUGUUGAUUUCUGGGUCGAACAUUUGAUGACCUGCGAAGGACCGUGUUGUGGAAACGACCAGGGCAAUCAUGUCGCCAGUGACCCAACCACGAAAUGUACCAAGGACAUUUACAAGUGUGCACAUGGGCUUCUGUACUCUUAUGUCUCUCUGGUUCGCUUUGAGUGUGAUCUGGCUAUUGCCCAUGAUCAUCACCUCCUUCCAAAGGAUAUCACCUGGGAGAAAUGGCUUCGGUUAACACACGAACUGCUAGAUUCCGGAGCCACAAACCUAGCCAACAUCAAUCCCCGGUAUCUCUAUGGCGAACUGAGGUUGUCAGAGCUCAACUUCAUCUACUCCUUCAUCUACAGAAGUCCUCUAAGAGCCUAUCAGCUCACCUAUCAGACAUCCGGGGAGCUAUUCCUCGAUUACCUCGGCCCGCUAACUGCGGCAACCAUCUAUAUUGCGCUAGUCUUGACAGCGAUGCAGGUUGGAUUAGCAACUAGUCACCUGGGUGCGAAUGAAUCUUUUCAAAAUGCAUCAUGGGGGUUUACCAUUUUUGCAAUACUAGGACCCUUGAUUAUGGUUCUGCUGGCAGGUGUCAUUGGCAUGUUUCAAUCCUGCACGAAUCUUCUUGUCACUAAGAGGCUAGCCCAAAGGCAGUUUGCGCUAUAUGAGAAGCAGAGAAUCCAGAACCAAGUGCCUUGA